AUUGGGUGCCAUCAAGGGUCUAUUACAACUGCUCAGAUACUAGUAGCAGGCUUCAAAGUGCUAUCCAGCGCGCGCGCUGAUGAUGGCGCGAUAGCCUAGCCAGCAGCUACCGACUUCCGUAGGUUUUAUUUCGUAGACUCUAACGCUCAGCCAUGGGGCACGACAUGGAUAACAUUCGGGAGGUGGACGUCAACGGCGUGGCGAAACGACUAGUCACUGCCGACGCGCCUUGCGGGCAAGAACUGGGGCAAUUAUUGGAUUGUAUGAAGCGCGCGGGUCCUGAGGGCGACAGCGUGUGCGCUAAGGAGAGGUCGGCGUUGGCAGCAUGUGCGGGGCGCCAAGCACGGAUGCCGCGUAACACUGCGCAAGAGAAGCGGCAGGUUGUGCGGCAAUUGCAGACUCUGGUUUCGGCCUGGAAGCGCUUUGGGUACUGAUUGACACCUGCGCACAGCUGAGGGAUGGACAGCUGUGCCCGCUGGUGCGGCGCGCCCUGCGCAUCAUUGAGCGCAGUAGCAGUGGGAAGCACUGCUGGCGCUACUGGUGCUGCGCAAGCACUUAGUCAUGUUGAGGGAAUCUCAGGGAGGAGUGCAACCGCAACUCGGGCUGGUUGCAGCGACGGGGCUUCCUAGAAAAGCUGCUGACCUGUGACGGGGUCCUUGCCAGGAGUGCGGGGGCUAGCGCGCACCACUCUCGGACAAGGCGCCUGCGGCCCAAUGGCACUGCCCCAAGCACCGUCAGAAUGCAGGGAGCUGGCUUACGGUGGGAAUAGCUUUAAGGCUGGCGGACAUAAACACACCGAUGUGCCCGUUUGUGGGGCGAAACGAUUGGCGGGUCAGAGCUGCGGGUCUGUGACCAUGCAUGAAAGGCACGAGGCCUCGCGCAGCCUGGAUUUGUACAGGUGCUUUGCGGGAUUGAUGAGAAGGUUCCGAUGCUGCUGGAGGAUUGGAGAGGUCAUGGGGCUGGGGGUCGAAGUGCCUUUAAGUCACUUAGAUGCCUCCUCGGUGAGGGCGGCAGGUUUGCUCGCUGGUGACCCAUUCCCAGUUGCGGCUGGAGUACAGCAAGGCUGCACGCAUUGCCGAGACGAGGACCAUGGUGCAUGCAUACGAGCCUGGUGCCGGAACGAGCCCGGCGUAUGUUGAACAUUUGCUUUGUGUCAUGUGUGUGUCCGUGUGUGUGUAUGUUGCAUGUGGGUGCUGCAGUGCAACAAGGCCACAGCAUCUUGUGUCGACUGUGCUAGGCCGGACGCCGCGGUGUCGGACGAAACGAGGGCUGCGCACCUGCUAUCUCCAGUGACGUGCAACCGGGCAGCAUUUUGGGUGCGACAUUGUGUAGGUCUUCACGGCCCUGGGACGAGACGCUAUAGCGAGGGACCAGACCUGGCACGGGCCAGUAGAGAAUGAGGGUGUGUUUUUAAGGUUAACGUGCUUGAUGCAUGUAAAUAGGUGGCAGGGAAAAUUCGGGCGGAGCGAGAAGUGCCUUCGCACGUCCAUGGACAAUUGACUUUCGCGAGGUUGCCCGAAAAGCAAGCCAUGGCUUUGCGCAGUAUGACUUCUGUACGUCGUAAAUGUGCUUCAAAGACACAGCAGACGGCGAGCCGUCAUAAAGAGCCUGU